AUGCCUCGUCGUCCAAAGAGGAGAAAGACAGCACCCGACUCAUCAGUAGUCGAUGGACCGCCUCCAGCCAUCGUGAAUACUUCUCCUUUCGAGGGAAAACUUGACAUUGACGCCAAUAUGAAAGCUGGAGGAGAGGAACAUACCGUGGUCGCUGCGGAGAGCGAUGAAGUCCAGAUUGACUCAACCAGCAACGCCAGCGAAGCACCCACGUUUGACGACAUUGAUCCCACCGACCCCGUCGACCGCGCAAUCUUUGAGGAAGAACAUGUUCCAUAUUAUGAUGCCAACGAUGAAGGUGUCACCCGCUCCAAGGGGAAUGAACACAUAAGCGGCAAACGACAGGGGGAUGGCUUCAACGCCCUAAAAUCCUUCCGCGGCCAGAUAUACACGGGCAUGGCCAUUGGCGGCUCACACACGUGGAACUACGACCAGGGAGUCUGGAAAGAAACCAAAGUCGAGCCGGACCUCUGGAAAAUCGACUACGAGACGACCAAGCGACGGGCGCGGAACGCUCCCAAGGGGAGCGGCGCGCCCGUGGGCACAGAGUAUCAUUGGCUGAUAGUUGCUCAUCAGCACGUCAAGAAAACCGACGCAAACACGUACACAACCCACCUCAUCGGGUCCAAGUACAAGCUCGCGCACAAGAGCGUCAAUUCCACGUCGUGGUCUGUGCCGACGGUCAAGGCCCAGCGCGAGCGGGAGAUCGAGCUGCUCGAAGACGCGAAGCGCAGGGUGCAGGGCCUCCCGCCCGUUCUGGCCGGCGAGAGGGUAAAAGUGGGAAAGGGGACGGAAAGGGGCCAGCAGAAACUGGACGCUUUGUUCUCGAGGUCGGGCAAGGUGAGUGGAAGUGAUGAUCGGGGUGGGAAGAGGAAACGCAGCGAGGUUGAGGGCGAGGGCGAGGGCAAAGGGGAGGAGGCAACGUAG